AAGACUCUCUGCUUGGCCGCUAAUAGUUAGCACUCUCGAUCGUUAUGAAUGCAUUGCAUUUUAUAAUUUUUAUAAAUUUUCUCUUAAACUCUACUUUGAGUUAUCGAACUCCCGUAUACAAUGGUGAUAUCUAUCUUUGUUACCAUGGAAGCUGCAGAUAUUGUGGAUUUCGAUGAUGUUAUUGAAGAAUGUAAUUCGAGCUUUUCAAUACCAACCGACUACUUAACCAGCUUCAAUUCCACUGGCUCAUUACCAGAUGUAACGGACAAGACUGGCAUGUGUUUUCUUCGUUGUUUCUAUGAAAAAUCUGGUUUUAUAAAAAAUUGGAAAUUAAGUGACGUUAAAAUACGUAAAUAUAUGUGGCCAGCUACUGGUGAUUCUAUGGAGGUAUGUGAGCAAGAGAAAAAUAAAGAACUCAAUGCAUGCGUACGUUUAUAUGCUAUAGUCAAGUGCCUAAUGCUAAGAGCUAUUGUCGACGCUAGAAACAAACCUGUAUAACAUAACAUUUACCUACGCACUGCUGCUGCUGCAUAUUUGUUAAUGCUAAUGUAAUUGAAGAUCGUUUU